AUGACUGAAAUGACUUCUCGUUUCAAAGUUAUUAAUUCAAAUAAUACUCCAUUAGAAAAUUCUGAUGCAAGUGAUUCAUCAUCAGUAGCAUCGACCUCACCACGUUCCCUUUCACCUAAUUCAAGUUGGAUAAUUAAAUAUAAAACAAUGCUGAAGAAAACUGAAUCAAAAGGUAUCUGGGAUGGUUAUGAAACCAAAGAAGAAUUUAUGACAAUGCAUCUUCUUAGUAUUCAUAGUCGAAGACAUUCUCAAGAACUUCGAAUUCGUGAAUUGUGGCAGAAAAUAACAGACAAAUUUAAAGAUAAAGCAGUUAAUAAAUUUCAUAUUGAUAUUCGACAUUUUGAUAAAGAAGAUAUGCUACUAUUUCCUGAUGUAGCAUAUCAAUCUUUAGGUAAUGAUAAUACAUGGGAAAUUAUGGUACAUGGUUGGCGUUAUGAAAAUAAUAGAGGAAAGAAUUGGCUUGGAAUCAGUGUAAGUCAAUGGGUUGAACGACUUGCUAAAAAUUUCUUAAGUGCAGAUGCUAUUUUAUAUCUUAAUGGAUCAAUUAAUCAUGAUCGAUUAAAACCAUUUUUUCUUGAAGAUGAAAAAAAUGAAUUAAUAAAAAUAAAAAUAGGUGAUAAAACAAGUUCAUUUCGAACAGAUCAAUAUGGUCAAUUUUAUGAACGAAUUCAAUUAACAAAUGAUGAAAUACAAAAAUUAAAACAACAACAACAGUAUAAUGGUGAAAUUAUAACAUAUGAAGCUACUGGUGAUAAUGAUGAUAAACAAACAGGAGUUAUUCGACUUAUACAACCACGUCAAGGUAUUUCUAUUAUUAGCGAUAUUGAUGAUACUAUUAAAAUAUCUCAAGUAUUGGAUAAAAUACGAUUACUUGCAAAUACUUUUAUUCAUCCAUUCAUACCUGUACCUGGUAUGGCCGAAUUAUAUCAAAAAUGGUUUAAAAAUAACAAUAAUUGUACGUUUCAUUAUCUGUCAGGUAUGCCCGAUCAGUUAUAUACAUUAACACAAGAAUUUAUUGAUACUAAUAAUUUUCCUGAUGGAUCAUUUCAUAUGAGACAUUUUGGUUGGACAGCAGCAUCUCUAUUUGAUUUUCUUCAUUCUCAAUCAACAUUUACACAUAAAAUGAGUUAUUUACGAUUUUUUCUUUCAAAUACAAUUCGUGAUUAUGUAUUAGUGGGUGAUAGUGGUGAAAAAGAUCCUGAAAUUUAUGGAACAAUAGCAAGAGAAUAUCCACAACGUAUACGAGCUAUUUUUAUUCGAGCAAUUAAAGGUGAAACAUUUAAUGAUGAACGUUUCGUAAAAGCAUUCGAUGGAGUACCAUCAGAAAAAUGGCAAAUUUUUGAUGAUCCCAAUCAAAUACCUAUCGAUUUAUCACGAUCACCAAAAUAA